AUGUACGUUAAGGAGUUGGGGUUGAAGCGUGCCGUGUACGACAUCUGGCCGGUCAAAAAUAAGCGGUUCUUUGUCCUGGUGGACCCACAAAACAUCUUGGGAGAGACAACAGAUUCCCGCGCCACAGUGAACACUAUCGGCUACCUGCUAAAGAAAAAGGGAGCGGUGGUGGUGGGCGCGUCGUUCGGACCAAUAUGCGGUAUUUCAUUAAAUUUACAGGGGCAGGUGCGCGAGGAUGUGAUUGAGGCCUUUCGCCGAGAGGAAGGCAUGGGGCUUACCAACUUUUUCUUUUCCUUGUCACCCCAAGCGAAGAUGGAGGUGUUGCGGGGGGUGCCGGGGUUUGUGUUCCCACUCACCUCCUCUGUUGAGUGCAGCAAAGGUAUGACACGGGAAUUUUCGCAACUGGAAAAUGCGGCGAAACUCGACGCGUUACGUCGAGUAUUUCCAAAGUCGGAGUUUGCUCCUGUUUCGACAUUUCCAUUUGUCGAGGCCCUUUCCAGACAUCUUCCAGGUGUUAAGGUGACGUUUGCCCCAGAUUGCUUGCGCCCUCCGUUGCAUCAGCCUAGACCUGGGGAGGUAUUGGUGCUAGAAAACUUGCAGUUUUAUCACGAUGAAACCUCGUCCGAUCCGGAAAAACGAAGGGUCAUGAUGGAGUUACUUGCGGAAGGCAUUGAUGUGUUUGUAAAUGAGUCCUUUGCCACAGCUAGCAAGGAGCAUGCAAGCAACACGACCCUUCCCAAACUUUUACACCAUGGUGCUGCGGGACUUUCUAUGGGUCAGGAGUUGGCGUUUUUCUCCAAGUUUCUUACCCACCCUGUCCGACCUAUCGCAGUGGUGGCUGCCGGGACACAUAUUCCGGAAAAACUGCUCCUGAUACGGAGUUUAAUAGGCAAGGUGGACAAGAUACUUAUCGCCGGUGCAUUAGCAACUCCAUUUUUGGCAGCCAAGGGAUUAACUUAUGGGAAGUUAUUGAAUUUUUCUGAGGUGGUAAAACGUAAACAAAUGAACAACCGAGUUGGAACCAUGGUAGUGGAGGCGAUUCCUUGUACACAGUUGGCCGAGGAGAUUAUUUCAUUGUGUGAGGAGAAUGGGGUGGAAUUGGUGUUGCCUGUUGAUCAUGUAGUGUCAAAGCAGUUGACAAACAACAAGGACACAGUGGCUGUCGUUGUAGAGUCUAUGGCUGUCCCUUCAGAUGUCUACGCUAUGGAUUGUGGGGCCAAUACAAUUGCUCUCUUCGCAAAGUACAUUCGUGCGUGUCAGUGUGUGUUUUGGAUUGGCACCUUUGGCUGGGUCAAUCUUGCGUACACGGAGGGCACACACGCCUUUGCCACGCUGCUUGCGCAAGAGCGAAAACUGUCUAUCAUUGGUGGGCGUAGCACUGUCACCGCUGUUCAACAAUUUGGGCUUGCCAAAUUUUUUUCUCACGUGUCUGGCGGUGGGGUGUCGUGCUUAGAGGUGCUGCAGGGGCAUCUUCUUCCUGGCGUCGAGGCGCUCUCUGAUCUGACCCCAGCGCUGGACUCUAAUAGUACGGUUUCUGUAGAUGAAUUGUUGAAAAAUCUUCCUCUUUUUUCAGGGUGUACGUCGCACCAAAUUCAGGUUAUAGCACGGAAAUUUGCGCGACGCCGGCAUGCGUGUGGGGAUUAUUUGGUAUACCGGGGAGACCGUCACGUAAGUAUGUGGGUGGUUGCUGAUGGUGGGUUAGUGGCACAACAUGGCGACAAUACCUUAACUAUUCCUUCUAGAUUCAUUGGAUGUGGGCAGACGGUGGGCAUGUAUGACUUUAUUACCCAAGCCGUUGCGGCGGAAACAGUUCAGGCAGCUGUGAGUGAAACAAUAACAUAUCAGCUAACAUCCUUAUCUUUUAAUGACCUUCUUAAUGAGCAAUCAGACUUGGCGGCGCAGUUGCUACAGAAUAUUUCCGGACCUUUAUCUAUAAUCGCAGCUGAAGAAUAUCAAGAACAAGCUUCUUUGAGGUGUGUCCUACAUCGUGUUACCCUAUGUUCCCGCGUACCGGGUCCAUAUGCUGUCCCCGAGGAAUGGGGUUUAAUUGAGGAUAUCGUACAGGAUGUGGUAUCAACAUUGGCCUUGCAGAAAUUGACGAUGCAAUACAUUGAUUACCCUACCCUCCCUCCGACACAUCAGGAUAGCAAAGUUUGGGAAAAGAUAGCAUGCCAUGGUGGUCUUCUUCCGGCUCUAGGUGCAGCUGUUGUACGUGAUUUGGAGUACCAUAGAUCCGUUUCGCUUGGGCCGAUGUGUGCAUCGGCCCGAGCUGCCCUCAUUACUGUUCCCCUUCGUUUAAUGGCAAUGGGGCUCAACUGGCGUGGGUUAACCUACAGGGCACUAUUGGAUGAAGCACUUGUGUCACUAGCUGUUAGUUGGGCUCCACUGGCGGCGCAUGCCGGCUUUCUCGCCGUGCAGCGCCGUUUAGAACUUAUUAAGAGAUCAAGGUGUUCGCGUCUUGUGCAACUUCUCAUAAUGGUCAUUGUUAGAUUGGUUCUAGGAUUUGUUGUCUUUGCCCUGCUGUUUCGUCGCAGUCGUGACGUUGGGUCCAUCUCACUGCUGGAGGCGUUCAGGAAAGAUGCCUUUAAGGCGUACGAGCUGAAACAUGCCAUUUCGGUUUUUCUGCGCUUUGGAGUCCAUUUGUUGCUGGGCGUGGUGUGGCAAGCUAACGCGUACCUGGUGGCACGGCAUCACAGACCUUAA